UGUUUCGUCUUGAAAAGCAGAUAAAACUACUUGAUAAAAUGAUUUCCUGUCACGCUGCUGAAGAUCCUAUUAAAAAGGUUGCUAUCUUUGGAGGAACUCACGGGAAUGAACUAACAGGAGUAUUCCUAGUUAAGCACUGGCUGGAGAACGGCACUGAGAUUCAGAGAACAGGGCUGGAAGUAAAACCAUUUAUUACCAACCCAAGAGCAGUGAAGGAGUGCACCAGAUAUAUUGACUGUGACCUGAAUCGAGUUUUUGGACCUGAAUAUCUUGGCAAAAAAAGGUCAGAGGAUUUGCCAUAUGAAGUGAGAAGGGCUCAAGAAAUAAAUCAUUUAUUUGGUCCAAAAGAUAGUGAAGAUUCCUAUGACAUUAUUUUUGACCUUCACAACACUACUUCUAAUAUGGGGUGCACUCUUAUUCUUGAAGAUUCCAGGAGUGACUUUUUAAUUCAGAUGUUUCAUUAUAUUAAGACUUCUUUGGCUCCAUUACCCUGCUAUGUUUACCUUAUUGAGCAUCCUUCCCUCAGAUAUGCAACCACUCGUUCUAUAGCCAAGUAUCCUGUUGGUAUAGAAGUUGGUCCCCAGCCUCAAGGGGUUCUGAGAGCUGAUAUUCUGGAUCAAAUGAGAAAAAUGAUUAAACAUGCUCUUGAUUUUAUACAUAAUUUCAAUGAAGGAAAAGAAUUUCCUCCCUGUGCUAUUGAAGUCUAUAAAAUAAUGGAGAAAGUUGAUUAUCCCAGGAAUGAAAGUGGAGAAAUUGCUGCUAUUAUCCACCCUAAACUGCAGGAUCAAGACUGGAAACCAUUGCACCCUGGGGAUCCUGUGUUUUUAACUCCUGAUGGAAAGACUAUUCCAUUGGGCGGAGACCAUACCGUGUACCCGGUGUUUGUAAACGAGGCUGCAUAUUAUGAAAAGAAAGAAGCUUUCGCAAAGACAGCUAAACUAACACUCAAUGCGAAAAGUAUUCGCUCCUCUUUACAUUAGAAAUCACUUCUAGCUCACUUGUUAUCGAGUACCUUGAAAAAUUCUACUAGUUCGUAAGCUCCUGAAGAGCAGGAUUGUGCCUUAUUCAUUUCCACAGCACCUAGCCCAGUGCCUUGCACACAAUGGACAUUCAGGUAAAUUUCUUGAAUGAGUGAAUACAUUAAUGAAUACCUUUUAUAGAUAUCGUACUUUAUGGAUGUAACUUAUUCAAAGAAGCACAUUUCUUAUUUCUGUAUACCUUUUUAUACCUUAUACUUUGAUAGUUUAACAUUCUUGGUAAACAGCCUUUGAAUUUAAAUUUUAACAUUGAAAUAGAUACUAUAUACAAAACAAUAAUAACUUGAGCAUAUAAUUAAAUGUUGUAUGUUUUCAAGUAAUGUAAAACUGCUACUAGAAACUAAUGGUAUUUUAAAUUUUUUCACAUUUGAAUUAAUGAUAAAGUAUUAAGGAUCCAGUCUAUCAACUUUAGCAGUAGUUGUGAUAUCUGUAGAUUUUUAAAUGCUCUUUUGAAGAUGAAACGUGAACAAGAAAUGAGGGCUGAUUGUAAAGGUGACAUUAUGAAUAAAUCAAGAAACUCUGAA